UGGCAACGGCUCCUGCGCAUUCGGCGGGGGCGUGCGCAGUGUGCGCAGUGUGCGUAGCGCGCUGCGUGCUGCGUGCGCGGCGUUCCUGAGGCGCGGCCGUUGCCCCGCCUGGAGCUGUUUGUUUGUGGCGCUGCGGCGGCGCGGCACGGGAGCGGAGCGGAGCGGAGCCCGGCCGGGCUCGGCGCUGCUGCGGUCGCCAUGUUGAGGCGCAGCAAGGCCGAGGUGGAGCGCUAUGUCGCGUCCGUGCAGGCCUCUGCGCCUUCAUUGAGAGAGAAGUCGUUGAAAGGAUUCCUGUUUGCUAAGCUGUAUUUUGAAGUAAAGGAAUAUGAACUUGCCAAAAGGUAUAUAUCUACAUACCUCAGUGUGCAAGAGAGAGAUCCAAAAGCACACAGAUUUCUUGGACAAAUUUAUGAAGCUGAGGACAACAUAGAAAAAGCUUUUGGAUGUUACAGGCGUUCUGUGGAGUUGAACCCAAUGCAGAAAGAUCUAGUACUGAAGAUAGCGGAGUUACUGUGCAAUAAUGCCAUCACUGAUGAAAGAGCAAAAUACUGGGUUGAAAAAUCUGCUAAGUUGUUUCCUGGAAGCCCUGCUGUUUACAAGUUGAAGGAGCAGUUGCUGGAUUGUAAAGGUGAAGAUGGAUGGAAUCAACUUUUUGACAUGAUUCAAGCAGAGCUCUAUGCAAGACCAGAUGAUAUCUACAUUAACAUCAGACUAGUUACACUCUACCGCUCACAUGGUAGGCUAAGAGAUGCUGUUCUCCAUUGUCAGGAAGCAAAGAAGAAAAUACCUUUGCAGUCAAGCUUGGAAUGGUGCUCCUGUGUCAUAGAGACAUUUGAGGAAUACCUGGAAUCUGUACAAGACUUGGAGUCUGAUAAAAGUAAUUGGAAAACUAUCAAGAAAGAUCAUCUGCUGGCCUGUUGCAGCUUUCUUCAAGUGACGCUAUCUUCUAGAGACAUGCAAGAAUGCAGAAGUGCAUUCGAAAGUCUUGAUCGUGUACUUCACUCAGUGAAAACCUAUGUGAAUGGGACUGACGAGUUAUCUCGUACCUUCAUUGAAAUGAAAGGACAGUUAUACAUGUAUGCAGGAACCUUGCUACUGAAAAUGGCUCAGGAGAAUGAGGCACAGUGGAGAGAGGCGUGUGAACUGGCAGCAUUGUGUUACUUGAUAAGUUUCCAGGUUCCUAAACCAAAGUCAAAACUAAUAAAAGGGGAGCAUACUGGACAAGAUACGCUGGAAAUGUUGGCCUGUGAUCGGAAAAGCCAGUCUGGUCAUAUGCUGCUGAAAUUGAGCCACGGCAAGGAAGACUUCCUGACAGAGGUAGUGGAAUCUUUGGCAAACAAAAGUGGUUCAUCUGCACUGUUUGAUCAUCUCUUCAAGAGUGGAGUUUCCAGAGAGAGGUCUUUCCUUGGUACAGAGGAUAUCGGAAAUGUCAGUACGCAAGCACCAGCGCAAGCGGAACUUCAUAAAUAUGAUGCUGGUGCCGUUCGAAUGCACAAUGGUAGUCUCCAGCACCUCGUGUGGCUUUGUUUGCAGUGGAUCUUGAUGUCAGCAUUCCCCCCAGUGCGCAGAUGGCUAAAACAAAUUUUUCACUUGCCCCAAGAAACAUCAAGACUAGAGACAGAUGCUCCUGAAUCCAUUUGCCUGUUAGAUCUUGAAGUAUUUCUGCUUGGAGUGGUAUUCACUAGCAACUUACAAUUGCAAGAGAAGUUUAACGCUCUCUACAGUGCACAUCAGCCUCAGUUCUUACCGUUGCCAGUGUGCAAACAGCUCUAUACUGAAAAGCAAAGAGCCUGGUGGGAUGCUGUUCGUACUCUUACGCAGAGAAAAACAAUACCAGGAACAGCAGUAAAACUGAGGCUUGUAGUACAGCAUGGAAUAAGUACUCUGCGAGCACUGGAGAAACAUGGCCUUCAACCUGCCUUAAUUAUACAUUGGGCAAAAACGCUGCAAAAAACCGGCGUUAGCCUUAACUCCUUUUAUGACCAGAAGGAGUACAUUGGACGAAGUGUUUACUACUGGAAGAGAGUCUUGCUUAUGCUGGAAACAGUCAAAAAGAAGAGAAGUAUUCCUGAACCUACUGAACCUCUCUUCAAACAUUUCCGUAGCAUUGACAUUCAGGUCUCGCAGGUUACAGUCUAUGAAGAAGAGGCACGUAUAGCAUUUGCAACGUUGGACGCAGUUGAUGGCAGAACUGAUGAUGCUUUGUUAGCAUUUGAAGCUAUUAAGAAUCCAGUUUCAUACUGGAAUCUUGCUAUAAUCUUUCAAAGAAAGGCAGAGGAGAUUGAGAAUGAUGCCAUGUUGCCAGAAGAACAAGAAGAACACAAAGCCUAUCUUCUUAAAAGCAAGCAUUAUCUAAUGAAGAUCUUAGAUGAAAGCUCCUCAGAUAUGUCAGUAGCUGAGAAACUGCCGGUAUCUGUUGAAACCGUGAGGGAAAUGUUGGAUGCAGUGAGUCAGGAACUCGGAGAGAAUGAUGAAGAGGGAAAUCUUGCCUUUGGAAAUGAUCUGUCACCAGCUGUAGUAUCAGAAGUGAAACAUUCCACUCCAUUGUCUGAUAAGUUCUCUGUCUCACCGACUAAGAGCUACAAGUUUUCUCCUAAAACUCCCCCUCAGUGGGCAGAAGAUCACAGAUCUAUACUGCAAAUGAUCUGUCAGCAAGUGGAAGCUUUAAAGAAUGAGAUGCAAAAAAUGAAACACAAUAAUUCCAACUCGAAUGUAUCAUCUCAUCGGUGGCCUGGUGAAAGCUAUGGAGCAGACUCCAUGUCAGAGAGCUAUCAGAGAGCACAAAAUCUUCAUGAAGCUCCGUUAACAGUUGCUACUACUGGCCCAUCCGUUUACUAUAGCCAGUCACCUGCCUAUAACUCUCAGUAUCUUCUCAGAACUGCUGCAACCAAUGUAACACCAACAAAGGUAAGGAUGAAUGUAUCCAUUCAAUCUGCAAAGGAAGGAUUUAACUUUUCAAUGUCAGUGCCAUCGAGUGGAUUUAAAUUUGGCAUACAGGAACCUACAAAUGUUGAUGAAAAAAACAAAAAGGAACUGCCUUCAGAUAGUGGAAUUUCCCUUCAAUCUCAAGAAACUGCAAGCAAGGAGAAAGUUGAGUUUGUUUUUGGCCAAAAUAGCAGCACUUUUGCCGAGCUUGCAAAAAGUACUGCUGGGGAAGGCUUUCAAUUUGGCAAAAAGGACCCUAACUUCAAAGGCUUCUCAGGUGCAGGUGAAAAGCUGUUUUCUUCGCAGCUUUCUAAAAUGGAUCACAAAGCAAGCACCUCUGCUGAUGUUGGUGAGAAAGAUGAUGAUGUGUAUAAAACUGAGGAUAGCGAUGAUAUCCAUUUUGAUCCUAUAGUUCAGAUGCCUGAAAAAGUAGAACCGUUCACAGGAGAGGAAGAUGAGAAAGUGCUAUACUCACAAAGAGUGAAACUGUUCAGGUUUGAUGCAGAAACAAGCCAGUGGAAAGAACGUGGGGUGGGCAACCUGAAGAUUCUGAAAAACGAGGUUAAUGGCAAAGUAAGAAUAUUAAUGCGACGUGAGCAAGUACUGAAGGUGUGUGCAAAUCACUGGAUAACAACAACAAUGAACUUGAAACAGCUCUCUGGCUCUGACAAAGCAUGGAUGUGGAUGGCCAGUGACUUCUCUGAUGGUGAUGCGAAGCUGGAACAGCUGGCAGCAAAAUUCAAAACACCAGAGCAGGCUGAGGAAUUCAAACAGAAGUUUGAAGAAUGUCAGAGGCUACUACUAGAUAUACCACUACAGACACCCCACAAACUUGUCGAUACAGGUAGGACAGCUCAACUUAUACAGAAAGCAGAAGAAAUGAAGAGUGGCUUAAAGGAUCUCAAAACAUUUCUGACAGAUGACAAAGCUAAACUGACAGAGGAGGAAAAUGUCAACUCUGCUUCUGUCAGCAGUACUUCUGAUUUGGUUGUAAAGCCCCAACCUGAAAGUACCGGGCCUGCUCUGGAAUGGGAUAACUGUGAUUUGCGUGAGGAAGCAUUGGAUGACAGCGUAAGCAGCUCCGUGUAUGCAUCACCUCUUGCAAGUAGCCCUGUACGGAAAAAUCUAUUUAGAUUUGGAGAGUCUACUACAGGCUUUAAUUUCAGCUUUAAAUCUGCCUUGAGCCCAUCCAAAUCUCCUUCCAAGCAGAACCAGAGUAGAACGUCUGUAGGCACAGAUGAAGAUUCUGAUGUUACUCAAGACGAGGAGAGAGAUGGGCAGUACUUUGAACCUGUGGUACCUCUGCCUGACCUCGUGGAGGUGACCAGUGGUGAGGAAAACGAGCAAGUUGUCUUCAGUCACAGAGCUAAACUCUACAGAUAUGACAAAGACACUAAUCAGUGGAAAGAGAGAGGUAUUGGGGAGAUCAAGAUAUUGCAGAACUAUGACGACAAACAAGUGCGCAUAGUAAUGAGAAGGGACCAGGUACUAAAACUCUGCGCCAAUCACAGAAUAACACCAGAUAUGAAUAUGCAACAAAUGAAAGGAACUGAUAGAGUGUGGGUAUGGACCGCGUGUGACUUUGCAGAUGGAGAACGGAAAGUUGAGCUUCUAGCUGUACGAUUCAAACAGCAAGAUGUGGCGGACUCUUUUAAGCAGAUUUUUGAUGAGGCAAAGAAUGCCCAGGAGAAAGGAACACUGAUAAUACCCAUUUCCUCUCGUGCCAAUACACCAAAAGAAUCUCCGUGUGGUAAAAAUGCUGUAGCUGUACUGGAAGAAACUACUAGAGAAAGAACCGACCUCAGCCAUGGCGAUGAUACUUCCGAUACAACUGUAGAGGCCUCAGAGGUGUCGAGCACGUCUGAAACGCCAACAAAAGCAGUGGUUUCUCCUCCGAAGUUCGUAUUUGGAUCUGAAUCUGUCAAAAGCAUUUUCAGUAAUGAAAAGUCAAAGACGUUCACAUUUGGAAAUACUUCGGCAACUGGUUCCCUCUUUGGGUUCAGCUUCACUCCUCCAAGAAAAGGCGAAGGCAGUAUUCCAGCGUCGCAGAAGGAAGCAGCUGGACCAAGAAGCUCCAGUGCACUGCAGAAGCCUCGAGACGGCAAGGUAGACAACUUGGCUACUUCAGCACAUGAUGGGCCUGCCAACUUCUCAUUUAGAAUUCUGGAAAAAGGAUUUAAUUUUAGCCUUUUUAAAUCUAAUCCAAUGGCCUUUUGGACAAGCACACCUUCCUUGCAACCUGACGGUAAAGCUGAGGAGAAGAAGACAGUGCCAGAAGAUGAUCUUCCAUCUGAUGAGGUUAUAAUUGUUUACGAGUUAACACCUACCCCUGAGCAGAGAGCUCUCGCUGGCUUUCUUCAACUACCUUCAACAUUCUUCUGCUAUAAGAAUAAGCCUGGAUAUGUGAGUGAGGAGGAUGAUGAUGAAGACUAUGAAACAGCUGUUAAAAAACUUAAUGGGAGACUCUAUCCAGAAGGGAAAAGGAAAUCACAAGGUCCUGCAAAAGAUACGUCUGAAAAGACAAGAGGAGACAUCACAGGCAAAACUGAGUUGAAAACCGAAGGAAGAAUGUGUUACUGCUCAGGAAAAGAAAACAACUCCUGAUGACGAUGAAGUUACCAGCUCUACCGAUUUAGUCCCUGCCAUUAAAGAAGUACCAGCUCCAUCAGCUGAUGUGAAGCCAGAUUCCACCACAGGCAACGUUCCUAUAGGGCAGAGUUUACCAGCAGGUGAUGAGAAACCUG